AUGGCUUUUCCCUACUUCCUCAUCACUACUCUUUUCCUAUCCCUCACACUCUCAAUAUUCCCUUCUCACCAAACAAGCCACACCAUCUCCGCCGCGCCGGCGGUUCUGCCGCUCCCUCCCGACACGCCGCUGUCGCCGGAUAUCGCGCCCCUCCUCCCAUCUCCCGGAGGCUCCUCGCGCACCCCGGGAUCUUCCAUGCCGACCAUACCCUCCACCCGGAGCCAGAACCCGGACAUGCUCGGCCCGGUCACCGCCCUCGCGCCGUUUGGCUCGCUCCCGGAAUCCUCCGCCGUCAAGAUUCCGAUCAAAGGGUUUGGGAGUGGAUUUUUUGCUUUUUUAGUGGUGUUAAUGAUAUGA